GUAUGUAUGUAUGUAUGUAUGUAUACACAUAGCUAUAAUGAAAGAAUAAAUCCCUCUCAUUCAUUUUAAUAAAUUUGUUGAACUUCAAGACGUCAUGUUGUGACCAAUCAAACACAAGGAAACAUGAAAUGAUGAUGAUGUCACUGUGAUGAGUCAUCACAUCCUGUCUGAGUCUUAAGAACUUCUGUCAGUCUGAUGACAGACACACACACCUGUUGUGGAGACGUUUGCCUGACUGUCUCAGGUCUGGAGGGUGAGAUGUCUCCAGUCCUCCAGGUGAUGCGUCGCUACAUCAAGACGUUCUUCGGCUGUGAGGAAUGUGGUCGACACUUUGAAGAAGCGGCUGCUGUCAGUGUGGAGAAAGUCCAGAACCGGGAGGACCAGAUCCUCUGGCUCUGGAACCAGCACAACAUGGUCAACUACAGACUGGCAGGCUCCCUGAGUGAUGACCCUCUCUUCCCUAAAGCUCCGUGGCCGAGCCCCUCCCUCUGCUCCUCCUGCCACGAGGAGAAACAUGGCGUCCACGUCUGGAACCACGACAACGUCCUCCUCUUCCUCCGACAACACUACGGGGCCUCCAACAUGUCCCCCAUGUACUCCAUGACCCCCCCACGAGUACCCGCACCUCCUCCAGAUCCUGAUCCUCUAACGACCAGCCAGCCACAGGAGGAGCACCGAGGAGGAGGAGGAGGAGGAGUGAGGAAGGAGCCCGAGGAGAAAUCUGAGAAGCAGCCGGAGUCUGGACCUGGACACCAGGCUCUCAGUGCGGGGGAGGAGGGUCUGGGUCUAGGAGGAGGAGGGACAGGAGGAGGAGGGACAGGAGGAGGAGGGACGGGAGGAACAGGAGGAGGUGUUUGGAUUCUGGGUCUGGGUUUCAACAGCGUGGACAUGAGUCUGUGUGUGGUCCUGUACGUCUGCUCCUGCCUCUUCCUCAUGCUGCUCUUCUUCUUCUUCAAAGUCCGGUCCAGGAGGUGGAAACUCAGACACUCCCGCCUCCACGUCUGACCGGGACCAGGACGGUUUAACUCUAGUCUAUGAAGGAAAAUCAGUAGAGUAGUUUUUCUUUGUGACAGUAAGUGGGCGGAGCCAGUCUCCAUCGUAUCUCUACAUCUGAUUGGUUACAAUCCUGGUCUGGGAUAGACCGGAUAUCACUCUGACACAGACGCUAGUUCUGAUAGAGGUGGUUCUCAAUCGGCCACUAAACACGACUCCACUACAUCUCAGCAUGUUCUACAUUUGACAGGUUUUAUAAACUUUUCAGACCUUAGAGGCUGAUGAAAUACACAUUAUGUUACCACUAUUUGUAUAUUAACUGUUAAAUCACUGACAAGUAGUUAGUCC